AUGGAUUCGUCUCGGAGUGAUUUGGAUCGGAUCAAGGGGCCAUGGAGCAGCGAAGAGGACGAGCUGUUGGGUAAGUUAGUGGAUCGCCAUGGUGCACGCAACUGGACGCUGAUUAGCAAGUCGAUUCCAGGGAGAUCUGGUAAAUCGUGCCGUUUACGGUGGUGCAACCAGCUCUCACCGGAGGUGGAGCAUCGGUCGUUUACGGAGACGGAGGAUAAGGUUAUUAUGGAGGCGCACGCUCGGUUUGGGAACAAGUGGGCUACCAUCGCUAGGUUGCUUAAUGGACGUACGGAUAACGCGGUUAAGAACCACUGGAAUUCGACGUUGAAGCGGAAAUGUACGGCGAUGGAUGUUGGAGAGGGAGGGGAGAGGGAGACGAGAGUGCCGCGGCGGUCGGAGAGCGGAGGUGUGGAUGUGACGAUGACGAUGCCUAGUAGUCCAUCGGGAUCUGACGUGUGCGAUUCAGGCAAUAAUAUUCCGUUCCUAUCCAUGGUCAAAAAUCAUACAACCUCCCAUAGAUUCCAACCGAAGAUCGAAACGGCUCCGUCGACGACACUAACCCUGUCUCUUCCCGGCACAAGUUCGUAUCCUUACGAUCAACAAGCAAAUGCAAAGGAGGCUAAUGCGACGCCGUUUGGUGCAGAGAUUCUAUCGGUGAUGCAAGAGAUGAUCAGAAAGGAGGUGAGAAAGUACAUGGAAGACGAGGAAGAAAGCUUGAUGCAGGUGUGAAUCUGAAUCAAAAUCAAAAUCAAAAUCAAAACCUUAAUUAAUGAAGUAAUUGAAUCCAUAUUGUUUAAUUAUGAGAUUGUACAGAAGUAGCAAGAAAACAUGGAGGAUGUAGGCAUCUCUUGAAGAAAGUAUGAAUUUGGCUGUAAUUACAGUUAA